AUAUUUUUAUCGUUAUCGAUCCGAGCCAAUCACCCGAUACUCCCUCUCCUUUCUCUCGGUCUCGAUUUUGUACGGUCGAGUGCCCGCGCGACGCAGGUAUUCCUCUAUCGAGCGAUCGCUCCGUGGCACCGGGACCGACCGCAUCCCAGCGACAAUCGCGGACGAUGAUGCGGGACAUUUUUUAGAGGCGAGUCGCGGCUAAUCGGGUCACACGAGCCUUCGAUCUCCGGUGAAACGAAAGAGCGCAGUUUCGACACCCGCUCACCGUUCCUCCGUCCUCCGGCCUCCGGCCCCGCACCCUCGCACUCGACGUACGCUCGGCACCUGCGGGGCGAGUAAAACGUCGACGCUCCGGUAUUCCCGUCGGAUGCUGCGCUAAUUUUUUUUCGUUCACCGCUCGCGCGGAAUCGAGCGGGGGAUAGUCGGAAGCGCGAUCGCCUCGCCGGCAUUCAGCCGCGAUGGUGUCGCUUUGCUGAUUUUUUUAUCCGCGCUGUUCCUUUCAUAGUCUAAAUUUUUUCUCGCCAAUUGUAGCGUGUAAAGAGAAACAGGCGAGUAACCGAGGCUUCCGUUACGUAUAUAUCUGGAUCACUCCGAGAGCGCGAGGACACUCGACAUCCGACCGCGGAGCAACCUCGUCCCGUUGUCGCCGCUCGCAGGGAUCGCCAUCAGGCAACGCGAUGUUCGAAGGACCUCGCGGAACUUUCGGUGCGAAUAUCGCCCGCCAAACGCAUCGUACGCUGGUGGUACUGGCGGCACUGGGACUCGGAGCCAUCGUACGAACGGUAUCCGGCGCAGAAAAGGUCGUUCUCUCGCUUCCCCGGCCCAUCGAGGAACGCAACUUUGCCUCACCGUUCGCGGUCCCCCGUCAUCCGCAGCAGCUCGCGGAUCACGUGGUGAUCCCGCACGGGGAGGGCCUAUCCUACGGGAUCUCGUACGGGAAGGCCUACGUCCCCGACAACGAGUUCGGAGGCGAAGCGAGGGGAGGACGACCGGGAUUCUCGGGCGGCGGCGAGAACCACCUCGGCUACACCGACGACGUCCCGUUCCCGUCAUCGAUCGGAGCCACCGACGAGAGCUUCGAUCGGCCCGCGGACGCCUGUCCCCCGCAUCCGCGAAGAGGACCCCCGGAGUCCUCCGUUGCUCCGAUCAAACCGGAAGUAAGAAAAAUGACCCCCGUCGUGCUGCGGGACACCGUCGACCUGGGGGAGUACAUGGCGAGGAUCGAGAUGCUCGCGAGGAGUUGGCCUUACGCCGGCGGCCUUGCGAAAUUCCAGGGGGAAAAUCGGCCGAUCGCCACCUGGGGGGCUGCGGGCAGCGGAGGUGGUUACAGGGUGCGGGAGGAGUCGCCGGAGUCGGAAACAACCGGGGGAUGACGUCGCGCGCGGCGCGGGUGGCAUUCGAAUCGCUCGGAGGGCUCGACGUCCGUCGACGCUCCCCCCUCGCAAUUAUUUAUUCUGUACAUGUUCGAUUAUUGUCAACCGGCGUUCGCCGAUCAGUAAAUAAGCCGAGUCCCCGAA